AUGGGAACAGACUGUCGACGACGCCUUUUCAAUCCAUCGCGUGGAAGCGACUGGGAAGAUAGGAAGGAAAUUCUGUAUGACCUUUACAUGUUGAAGAACUUGAGCCUUGGAAAGGUAGUUGAAGAGAUGUCAAACGUUCAUUCAUUCAGGGCUAGCGAGAGAAUGUACAAGCGCAGGUUUAUGAAAUGGGAGUGGUUCAAAUACCGCACGAAAAGAUUUCAAGCAACGUCCUCGAAACCUGGGAGUAAAGUUGAGAGAUGUAAAGGAAAGACGACACGGCGAACGAGGAGACACAGACAAAAACGAGAUACUCUUGAAAAAUUCGAUAUGCACAGAGGAAGCUCAGGUUUACCAGAUGACCCGCUUAAGGUCUCCCGGGUCUCUUUGAGGCACAUGGGAUGCGAGAACCAGCCUUGGACUUCAUUGCUUUCCACUGCUCCGGUCUCAAGAUGGGAUUUGCCCCGAAGGAUAACAGAAUGGACUGCAAAUUCAGAAAAGAGCCUUCACGCAAUGUCUCAUUCUCUCGAUGAGCCCGCACCAACGGCAAAUUCGAUAUGUCUUUCAACCGCUGACGAUCAUUCCGAUGUAGUGGUCCCUUCCACUUCGAGACAAGAUAAUAUCAUGAACCCUGCCAGUUUGUUGCUAAUGGGAAUCUGCGUUAACUCGGUUCCCAUUCUGUCAGGACGAGGGACAAAGCUUCAAAACCUCGACGAUUUGACUUCAGUAUCCGCGAAUGAGGGUUUGCAAAACCUCACAGUCGCCAAUUACGACGUCAAAAACCUCAUUGGGUCUCAGGCGCUCGCAACAACCAUUUCAGCGUCUAUCAGCCCCUGCUCCGCUGGACUUACCUUGAGAUUAUCCCCAAAGAUAAAGAUGUUCGUGUGCACCACACAAGUGUAUCCGAGGGAAGCUGCCUAUUCAGGUUGCAGGGGAGUGAAAACGUUCUUUAGCAUGGACAAUCAACUCGGAUACAAGAAGAACUUGCAGCAGAAUGAGCGUCGGCCAUUGCCGCUUCAGACAUAUCAAAUCACAUCAUAUAUGGAUGCAGGGAGUUUCACUGAUGUCGAUGAUCUCACAGAGAGUCUGGAUAAAGCUCAUGAGUAG